AGGCACGAACGCAGCCCGGUUCAAAGCUGCUCUCCAGACGCCUUGCUUCCCCUUUUAUAGUUGCAGAAGGGGCCACAAGCCAUCAGAGCUGCGCCAUUCCUCCUUUCCCAGUCAUUCCCUCACCCUCACCGCCUCCUUCCUUAUCCUGACUCGGCCCAUACUGUCUUUGGAUGCGUGACCAUCACCAUGCAUUCCUCAGCUUCUUCACUUCUCCGAGCUUCCCGAACUAAGCUUUUCCAUCCAUCCUUUUCUAGAACCCCCGCCCAUCCUCCUACCAGACCUCCUCCUUUGUCUGGCCACCGACCUCUCAGCUUCUUUUCCACGCCCCGAUCAUUUGGCAGCUUGGCUCCCCAGUGGAGCCACGGCGUCGACUGGAGGUCUCCGGUCAGUCUCAGGGCUCAGAUCAGAGCCAUCGCUCCUAUGAUUGAACAGUUUCAACGCAAGAUCUCUUCUAUGGCUGGUGAAAAUCCUUUCAAGGCAAACUUGGCCAGUCUCCCUAAGCCUGGUGGCGGCGAGUUCGGAAAGUUCUACAGCCUUCCUUCUCUGAACGAUCCAAGAAUUGAUAGGUUACCCUAUUCCAUCAGAAUUCUUCUGGAAUCUGCCAUUCGUAAUUGUGACAAUUUCCAAGUUAAGAAAGAAGAUAUUGAGAAGAUUAUUGACUGGGAAAAUAGUUCUGUUAAGCAAGUUGAAAUUCCUUUCAAGCCUGCUCGUGUUCUCCUGCAGGAUUUUACAGGAGUCCCGGCUGUUGUUGACCUAGCUUGUAUGCGUGAUGCUAUGAAGAAGCUUGGCAGUGAUUCUGACAAAAUAAACCCUCUGGUACCUGUUGAUCUCGUCAUUGAUCACUCAGUUCAAGUUGAUGUAACAAGGUCAGAGAAUGCAGUGCAGGCCAACAUGGAGCUUGAGUUCCAAAGAAACAAGGAAAGAUUUGCAUUUCUUAAAUGGGGGUCGAAUGCUUUCCGCAACAUGCUUGUUGUUCCUCCUGGUUCUGGUAUUGUGCAUCAGGUGAAUCUUGAGUACCUUGGACGUGUUGUUUUUAAGAAUGAUGGCUUGCUCUAUCCUGACAGUGUGGUUGGUACUGAUUCCCAUACUACUAUGAUAGAUGGGCUUGGGGUGGCUGGUUGGGGUGUUGGAGGCAUUGAAGCAGAGGCAGCAAUGCUUGGUCAGCCUAUGAGUAUGGUUUUGCCUGGUGUUGUUGGAUUCAAGUUAUCUGGGAAACUUUGCAAUGGUGUUACAGCAACUGAUUUAGUUUUAACUGUUACCCAAAUGCUGAGGAAGCAUGGUGUUGUUGGGAAGUUUGUUGAAUUUUAUGGGGAUGGCAUGGGUGAGCUAUCAUUAGCUGACAGGGCCACUAUUGCUAACAUGUCUCCUGAGUAUGGUGCCACCAUGGGCUUCUUCCCUGUAGAUCACAUUACUUUACAAUACCUCAAGUUAACUGGAAGAAGUGAUGAGACAGUGGCCAUGAUAGAGGCAUAUCUCAGGGCAAACAAAAUGUUUGUUGACUAUAAUGAGCCUCAACAAGAAAGAGUUUAUUCAUCCUAUCUUGAAUUAAACCUUGCUGAAGUUGAGCCCUGUAUCUCAGGACCUAAGAGACCUCAUGAUCGGGUUCCUUUGAAAGAAAUGAAGGCUGAUUGGCGUGCUUGCCUUGAUAACAAAGUUGGGUUUAAGGGAUUUGCUAUACCAAAAGAGGCCCAAGGUAAAGUUGCCAAAUUUCAAUUCCACGGGCAGCCAGCAGAGCUCAAACAGGGAAGUGUUGUCAUUGCUGCAAUCACAAGCUGUACUAACACAUCAAACCCGAGUGUUAUGCUGGGGGCUGGUCUUGUUGCAAAAAAGGCUUGUGAGCUUGGUUUGCAGGUCAAACCUUGGGUAAAAACAAGUCUUGCUCCAGGCUCUGGAGUAGUUACAAAGUAUCUGCUUCAAAGUGGACUGCAGAAAUUUCUAAAUGAGCAGGGUUUCAAUAUUGUUGGAUUUGGCUGCACAACGUGUAUUGGCAAUUCAGGGGAUUUGGAUGAAUCAGUUUCUGCUGCCAUUUCAGAAAAUGAUAUUGUAGCAGCUGCUGUGCUAUCUGGUAACCGUAAUUUUGAGGGUCGUGUGCACCCAUUAACCAGAGCUAACUAUCUCGCCUCACCUCCUCUAGUUGUUGCUUAUGCUCUUGCUGGCACGGUUGAUAUUGACUUUGAAAAGGAGCCAAUUGGGACAGGGAAGGAUGGCAAGAGUGUCUUCUUGAGGGAUAUCUGGCCAUCCACUGAAGAAAUUGCUGAGGCUGUUCAAUCUAGUGUGUUACCAGAAAUGUUCCGAAGUACAUAUGAUGCUAUUACCAAGGGCAACCCUAUGUGGAAUCAACUACAAGUUCCUGCGGAGACCCUGUACUCGUGGGACCCCAACUCCACAUAUAUUCAUGAACCUCCAUACUUUAAGGACAUGACCAUGGAUCCUCCUGGAGCUCAUGGUGUGAAGGAUGCAUAUUGCCUGCUGAAUUUUGGUGACAGUAUCACUACUGAUCACAUUUCUCCAGCAGGAAGCAUUCAUAAGGACAGUCCUGCUGCAAAAUAUUUAAUUGAGCGUGGAGUGGAUCGCAAGGACUUUAAUUCUUAUGGAAGCCGCCGUGGCAAUGAUGAAAUAAUGGCUAGGGGAACUUUUGCUAACAUCCGUCUUGUUAACAAGCUUUUGAAUGGGGAAGUUGGCCCCCAAACCAUUCACAUUCCAUCAGGGGAGAAACUCUCUGUAUUUGAUGCGGCAAUGAAAUACAAAGCUGCCGGGCAGGACACCGUUGUGCUGGCUGGUGCCGAAUAUGGUAGUGGAAGUUCAAGAGAUUGGGCUGCCAAGGGCCCGAUGCUAUUGGGAGUCAAAGCAGUGAUUGCUAGAAGUUUUGAGAGAAUUCAUCGUAGUAAUUUAGUAGGAAUGGGCAUUAUUCCUCUUUGCUUUAAACCUGGUGAGGAUGCUGACGCACUUGGAUUGACUGGUCAUGAACGAUACACAAUUGAUCUCCCAAGUAAAAUUACCGACAUAAGGCCUGGCCAAGAUGUCACUGUCAUGACUGAUUCUGGAAGAUCUUUCACCUGCACAGUACGCUUUGACACUGAGGUGGAACUUGCUUAUUUCAAUCACAGAGGCAUACUUCCAUAUGUUAUAAGAAACCUUAUUCAACAGUGAAUGUAUCGAUGGGAUAAUCAGCGGCAUCUGCUCAAGCCUGCACUUCUUGAAUUGUAAAAUGUGAGAGAAUAAAUUUCCAAUAAUCUUGAAUUGAUCUCCUUUGAGGGAGAGAGCAUUUUUAGGGACAAAUUUUAAUGUUUUUUAGGACUGUUAACAGCCAGCAACUUGACUCUAGAUUAUCUAUUCUUGCUGAUAUACAUUAUGCCCCCAUUAGAUAAUAGGAACAACGUAUAAAAGCCUUUGUAAAAAUUGCAUAUAUUUUUGGGUGAAAGUAAAAAUGCAUGUUGCAUGUGGCAUUA